GUAGCAUAAUUUGAAAUCUCAAUUGAAUACCUCAAGAUUUUAAUGGAUUUCUAACAAUCCCAAUCGAAUACCCUCGGAUUUCAUGAAUGCAAAAAAAUGCUUUAAAAUCCCAAUCCAAUACACCCCUCUAAAUUUUGAUAGAAAAACACAACAGUAAAAUUUAGUUCAACAUGGUUUUGCAGAGGACUUCCAGUUAAAAGAGCUGGCAAUUAAUAAUUUAGGUUUUGCUUUCAGCAUUAAUCUUCUCAUGUAUAUUUGACAAUUAUGCAGGGGAACAGCGAAUGGAGUGAUUGGCAGUCUACAGCUUUGCAGGAGCUUAAUGUGGUCGAGAAUGUUAACAAUUGGGCUUGUCGGUAUGCUUCUUUUGACCAUCAAUAUGGCUGUAAGCCUGUAACUGUAUUUGUCCCAUGGCUUUGCCUUUUGCAUAGGAUCUUUACUUCGGUAAUUUGGUUUGACUUGUUUACUCCGUUCAUCAGACAGCAGUAUGGGUUUUAGGGUGUCUCUGGUAUUCUUCCUGGAUUAUAAUUUUGAUUUGAUUCCAUGUAGAUUGCCUAGAUUGUUGGUAGAUAUAUUGCAUGUACUCUUUACUUCUGUUUACUUGAAUUGCCUUGUGUCACUUGCAGAAGGACACUACUUUGGGGCAUUUCAUUUUUUACUGUAAAUUAUGAAAAUGUUUAAGUCUAGGUUCUUUCUCCCCCAGCCCCCCUCCCUUGUUUAUGAAUCUAUUUAACAACUUGGUAACUGCCCCCAAAAUCAAUGUGAUAAUUCGGAAUAAGAUAUAGAGCCAAUUAUUGGAGACAUAAUUUUAUUUUAACGCCAAAAAUUAUUUUUAAUACUAAAUUAGAGGAAUAAUCCCUCUAUUUUAGCCCGAUGAAUCAUUGGACUUGCUUUUGCAUAACAUAUGUUCUAUUUCUAAAGGAAGAUCGAACACACUUGAUCACUUGGGAAGGAUCAUCUUCAUGUGGAUUAUCAUAUAGAAAAUGUCAAACAUGAAUACUUUUAGAUUAUUCAAAAUAUCAGUUACACCUCAUACCUAACAUGUCAAGACAAAUUAAAUGGCUUUGAAAAAAAAAACAAUGUUCAUGGGUUGACCCCAUACCAAGUCUUUCUUCACCUUCCGGUCUUUUUGCUCAAAUCCAAUUUUUGAUCAUUUUCCUCUUCAUCUUUUUUGUUGAUAGUUUGUUUUUCUUUUCACUAAGUCUUCCUAUUUUUAUUGUGUAUCCGCCUUGUUAAAUUUGUAAAAUUUACUGUGAAUAAAUGGCUACUGUGAUUUCUCAAACUUCCCAGACUUCUGUUUCAUAUUCAGUGGCUUCUAAUAGUUCUCAGAUACAAUCCUCUGUUACUAGCUGGGAUGUUUUUUUGAGCUUCCGGGGUGAAGACACGCGAUUUAAGUUUACCAGUCAUUUGUAUGCUGCCCUACAGGGUCAUGGAAUCCGAACAUUUAUGGAUGAUCCUGAGCUACGUACAGGAGAAGUAAUAUCAGCAGGGUUGCUCCAAGCUAUUCAAGAAUCCAAGACAUAUAUUAUUGUCCUCUCUGAAAAUUAUGCUUCUUCACCGUGGUGCCUGGAUGAGCUCGUAGAGAUCUACAAGUGUUAUGAAAGAAUGAAAAGAUUGGUAAUUGUUGUGUUUUACAAUGUUGAUCCAUCUGCCGUAAGGCAACAAACCGGGAGUUUUAAAAAGGCUUUUAAGAAACAUGAAACCUGUUCUAAACCUGGUUGUUUUAGAAAAGCUUCAAAAGAGCGUCGAAUCCGCUCUGCUGCUAAGAUGGACAAAGUAAAACAAUGGCGCCUUGCACUGACAAAUGUUGCUGGCUUUUCAGGAAAAUCUAUAUCUGCAAAAAGGUCUGAAGCUGAUAUUAUCAACGAAAUUAUUGAUGUGAUUCUACGCCACGUAAAUCUAAGAACUUUGGAUGUAGCCAAAUAUCCCAUUGGGUUGGAUUCUCGUGUUAAAGGCAUAGCAGAAUCGUUGAACACCAGCAGAAAAGGUGUCAUUAAGAUCGGUAUAUAUGGUAUGGGUGGAGUGGGCAAAACAACUCUUGCUAAAGCUCUUUAUAAUCAACUCUUGCUAGGAAGCUUUCAGGGCAGCUGUUUCCUAGCAAAUGUCAGCGAGGUUCUGGAGACGGCAAAAGGCCUAGUGUCUUUACAAGAACAACUUAUUAAUGAUGUUCUUAAAAAUAAUAAAAAAAUCGAGGUACACAAUGUUGAAGAAGGAACUAUGUUUAUAAGAGAGAGAAUUUGUUCCGCAAAAGUUCUGAUUAUUAUUGAUGAUAUAGACAACCUUAAACAGUACGAAUCUCUGGCCGGAGUACCAUUUGCUUCUGGGAGUGUAGUUAUAAUAACUACGAGGGAUGAAGAGAUACUAGAUAAGAUUGAAGUGGAACCCAGACAUCGAUACAGGGUGAAUGAAUUGGAUGAUGCUCAGUCACUUGCAUUAUUUACCAAACAUGCAUUUGGCAAUGCUAAGCCAAAUACCAGUUUGAUGGUAUAUUUUGAAGACAUUUUACGUCAUGCUGGUGGGCUUCCACUAGCUCUUGAGGUUUUCGGCUCCAACUUGUUUAACCAGUCUGAGGAUGGAUGGAGAUGGUUCAGGGACAGACUGAAACGAGUUCCCAUUGAUGAUGUUGCGAAAAAACUUAUGAUUAGCUUUGAUGCUCUGAAACUAAUUGAUCCUCUGUUGCAGGAUAUUUUUGUGGACAUCGCUUGUUUUUUUGUAGGAUGCAAGAAAAAAGAUGUUGUUGGAAUACUGGAAACUUGUUAUACGUUCGUGAAUCAUAAUAUCGACGUUUUAAAGAAGAAGUGUUUGCUAACAAUUAAUAAUGAAGAUGAGUUGGGGAUGCAUGAUCUGCUUCAGGAUAUGGGACAGGAAGUUGCUCGUAACGGCUCUUUUAAUGAGCCUGGAAAACAUAGCAGAUUGUGGGAAUUAGAAAAUAUAUAUGAUGUGUUGAAGAAGGACAAGGGAACAGAAGCAAUCAAAGGUAUCAUACAUACUGAUAUUCAAUAUCAGGAUACGCUUGAGGAAGUAUCAAUCACUACAAAAGCAUUUAAAAGGAUGAGUAAAUUGAGAUUGCUUUAUCUCAACAAUGUAAAUCUGACUGGAAGCUUUGAACAAGUAUUUGAAGAUCUGAGGUGGUUCUUUUGGGGGUUUUGUCCUUUAAAGCAUUUACCUCUUGAAUUUCAUCCGCAAAAACUUGCUGUUCUUUUGUUGCCUUAUAGUGGAAUUCGAACCUGGGAGCUUGAUACGGUUUUUGAAAAGUUAAUGACUCUAGACAUGUCGUAUUCUCUGCAUUUAAGUGCGACUCCAGACUUUACCAGGACGCCAUAUCUUGAAACCUUAAUUCUUGAGGGAUGUGAAAACCUGGUGGAGGUUCACAUAUCAAUCGGAAGUCUGGUUAGACUUGUUUCAUUGAAUUUGUAUGACUGUAAGAAGCUAAGAAGUCUUCCGGACACCAUUUGCAACUUAAGAGCGUUGGAAGUUCUUAGUAUUGGUUACUGCAGUAGUCUCGAAGCAUUACCUACAGAAUUAGGUAACAUUAAAUCUCUAAAAGAGCUCAACGCAAAGGGACUGACUAUUUGUAAGUUGCCAGAUUCAAUUGGACAUCUAAGGAAGCUUGUUAAGCUGGUAUUGAAUUAUACUGAGAACCUUGAAACUCUUCCAGACAGCAUUUGCAACUUGAGAUCAUUGGAAGUUCUACGCGUUUCAAUUUGCAGUAGAAGGGAAGCAUUGCCUACAGAAUUAGGGAACAUUGAAACCCUAAAACAGCUCGAUGCCAGGGGACUAAACGUUUCAAAUUUACCAGAUUCAAUCGGACGUCUUAGUAACCUUGUCAAACUAAAUUUGAGUUCCAACCUGUACAUUGAAACUCUCCCGGACACCUUUUGCAACUUGAGAGCAUUGGAGGUUCUAAGUAUUGACAAUUGCAGAUUUCUGGAAGCACUGCCUAUAGAUUUUGGAAAUGUCGAAUCCCUGACAAAGCUAAACGCGGAGAGACUAACUAUCUUGAAAUUGCCAGACUCAAUAGGAAAUCUUGGUAAGCUUGUCGAACUGAGAUUAAGUUAUAACUUCAACCUUGAAACUCUUCCCGACACCAUUUGCAACCUGAGAUCACUGGAGAUCCUGGACAUUACUAGAUGUGAAAAGCUAACAACAUUACCAGAUCAGCUGUGGCAGCUGUCGAGUUUAAGGGAGCUAGAAGCACGAGGAGCAAUUAUGUUAAAAAACCUCCCGGUUAUAGAAUCAAGCCAAACGGCCUUAUCAUUGCAAAUGCUGAAUUUAUCCGAGACUCCCGUCACUGCCCUGCCAUCUGGUAUUAGUCAGCUAUCGAAACUGGAUUAUAUCGAUCUUACGAAUUGUCGUCAGCUGUGGUCCAUUCCAAGAUUUCCUGCAAAUGUUAAACAGAUAUGGGCAGCUGGUUGCACAUCUCUGAAAAGACUACCAAAUCUAUCCAAUUUGAAACAGCUGGAGAUUUUAGAACUAAGGCAUUGUACUGGUUUGACAGAGAUUCAAGGCUUAAAGGAACUCCAUUCUAUAAAAAGACUUGAUUUGCCGGGCUCCAACUCAUUUCUUCUCACAUAAACUUGUUCUUUUUAAUUUCAAAUACUUAUGACUAUUCGUUCAUGUGUUUGAUCUGUAACAGUCUAACAGAUAUUAUUUUUUGAACAAUUGUCACGAAUGAGCCAAAUGCUAUUGGGUCCGAGUUUGUUAUUGAGCCUGAUUACAAAGUGGAUUAAGAGUAAAAAGCUAGGCCCAAGAAUAGUCACCUUCUUGCCGUAGUCUUGUACUAUAUAUUGCACAUCGUGUCAUUUUUAUGAUUAUGAAAUGGAAUGAAUGCUUUUAUCUUUUA